UGUGAUGCAGACAGCGAAUCACAUGAGCAGGGAUCUGUUUACAAACUGAGGGCUGUAGAAGAGAAGUGGAGAAGAGAGAGGAGGAGAGUGAAUGUGAGAGGAAAAGACAGGAGAAGAGCCUGGAUAUGCAUUGACAUUAGCCGCAUUGUCUUCCUGUGUUGUAUACCUCUCUGUGUUCUUUGUUCAGAGCAGAAGGCUGGGGAAGACAGGAACACUGAGGCUGCCUGCCUGCCACUCUGCCUCUCUGACCGCCUCGUUGGCUGGCCGUGCUGCUGGGAAACCCAUCCAUGUCCUUCCCUUUGUGUCUCCAUAAUUGGCAAAGGCAGGUUUUCACAGCGAGAGAAGAAUAAAGCGACGUGGAGAUCUAAAAAGAGAGGAGAGAGAAGAAAGGAAGGGAGAAGAGAAAAGAAGAGGAGGAAAGGAGGGAGAGCCUCGUGACAAUGUUUUGAAGGGGAGGCAAAACAAAAAAGCAGUGACUGCGCUCGGCCAGAGGGUCUAUGUGUGACGUUGGAUUGCAGAACUCCGACCCUUACGGCAAGAUGACAUCUGAAGAGCUCUUCCACCUCCCGCUCAACAUCUAUAUCAUCAUCCUGGGCAUCGGCCUCUUCAUCCUCAUGCUCACCCUUUUCUUCUGUUGCUACCUGUUCAGGCUCAGGAGACAAGGUGUAAGAGAACAGUUCGGCUACAAUGAGGUUGUUUUGAAAGGAGCGGGGAAGAAACUGAGCCUUCUUGGUCAAACAUGUGCCGUGUGUUUAGAGGAGUUUCGCAGCAGGGACGAGCUUGGAGUGUGCCCAUGUUCCCAUGCCUUUCACAAUAAGUGUCUGCUAAAAUGGUUAGAGAUCCGCAGUGUCUGCCCCAUGUGCAACAAGCCCAUUUGUCGCCUCCAGCCUAACCCCCCACAAGCACCUGAGCGGCCACAGAGUCUCCUGGAGGUCUGAGAGGGGAACAUAUGUAACAAAAUCACCUCUCCAGAUAGUUGACACGUUGUCACCUGUAGUUUUAGUAAUGCAAACAUUUCUUCAAGGCAGAGCUACUCUGGAAGUAGAACUUAUAUAAUUGUCUGAGUUAAACAGUAAGUGCAGAGCCUAAGGGGCCUACCUGGUAAACUAUAUGGGGGAGAUUGUAACACUGAGACAGAGGUGGUAAUGCUAAUUCAUGAUUAAGGCUAACUAUCAAGCCUAGAUACUGCAAUCUUCAGUACAUAGCCAGAUGUUUAAGCUAAGUGCCUUAAAGCUGCAGAUCCUCUCAAUGAGAGUUGACACCCGUCAGCACUGGGCACAAUGAUGAGGAUUCAUGCAUGCAUGGAAUCCAGUUUACUCCUCAUUAUAGAUAAGUUAUGUAGGAAAUGGUGAAUGAGUUGUGGGCAAUUGUCCUAAAUUGUCUGGCGCCACUUAACUGCCAAGCUAACAGUGAGACAUCCAUCCUAAACUCCAGGCUUCAGAAAGCUCCUUCUCAAUUCUACUUUAACAUUUGUUCCACAGUCUAUUUUGGUAACAAGAUUACCUUUUUAAAUGGGCUUCAGUUUACUCACUUACUUGUCUUGCAGCAAAACUGUGGUUAGCUUCGCCCACUGAAGUUUGAUUUGGUUAUCUGUUGAGGGGAAACUUUGUGGGGGAGAUAGUAAUGAUUUACAGCACCACAUGUGACAUCAAGACAUCAGCAUUUACCAUCAACAUUAUGGCAUCAUUACCAAAAACAUAUCGCUGGCAUCAUUAUCAGAGAGAGAUAAUACCAGCUAGUUGGGAAAUGUUCCAAUUCCUCAUUUAAGUGGGGUCAGAUUAGACAGCUUCUAUUUGUCUUCUACUUCUGUGUCACCCAAACAGUUGUGUUGGUUCCUCAGCAUGUGGAUUGUUACUGCUGUAACCCAACUAAAAAAAAUUAUUUCUGCCUCUGAGAAAUGUCAGUCCGCUCAUUUUUUUUACUUUUCUCAACAACAAAAAAAAUGACAUGCAGUGCCACAUGAAUAUGAUGUGUCUCAGUCUUUCACCGCAACUUAAGAGCCCGAAGCUUAGAACGAAGAAGAUUCAACCCCCUUUGGGUUAUUGCUGCCCCAAAGUUGAUGGUAAAUGCAGAGACUGUGAUGAAAGAUGUGCAGUUGUGGACAAGAUGUCUUUUAACAAAACAGGACAAUUGUAAACUAACAGGAAACAUGGCUAUGUGUAUUUUACCUAUAAUCUUUCAUUGUCUGAGCUAAAUGGCAAGACAUAUAUUAUCAUAUGGGACCUAAUAGAAACUACAGGCAACUACAUUCAGCUACAAUAAAUGGCCAACCAGUACAUUAACACAUACAUUUUAAGUUAUUUCUAAGAAAGUGUUUUGUAUCACAACAGGCUUUCAGUCAAAGGUAUUGUGCGUCAGUGAUGCUAAAGCACGUUGAAUGUCAUUUGUCAGUAGUAAUAGUUGGAUGUCAUUGUUGCCAGUGGGACAGAUGACAUCUUAGCUCCGCUCUGUACUGUGGUGAUAUAAAUAGACACACUGCACUGAUAUGAAGAGCCUGUUUCUUGUCUGAGUGAGAUGCACCAUUAACAGCAUUCUCUGUAUGUACCAUGUAAUAUAUUAUGAGUACUGUGUAAAUUGUAAAUGCAAUUUUAUGAUUUUAGAAAAAAAUAUAUAACCAGUGUUUUGAUAUAGUCAUUUGGAUCCAAGUCUUUUUUUUCUAGUUUUGCUACAUGUUGACACUUGAAACUGUUCAUUUGUAUGCUGUCGUUAUCUACGGAAGGUUAAGCUAUUGUGCUAUUGGUGCCCUAUCUUUGUUUUAGGUGGUUUUGGUUGAUCUUACCAACUGUGUGUAAAUGUGACAGAAGGAUUUCCACCAAUAAGGUGCCACCUCUGAUAUAAAUGUGCCUAAAAAACAUCUUCAUACCUUAACUCAAAAAUAGUUGUUUUUAUUCAUCAUUUUCCAAUAAAAUUCCAGCAGGCUGUGUGCUGUGAGGGUAAUGCUAGAGUUACUGCUACAGGUAAUUACGACCUGUUUUUAUUUGAUAUUGUUUAGCCAUGGUAGCGCUGCGUAAGUCCAGGGAUGGCAACGUCUGUCUGUUGGUCAGUCAGUCGAUCCACCAUUCUGGUCCAGGCUGAACAUCUCUCUCUCUCUUAACUUAACUACUGGAUGAAUUGUCAUUACAUUUUGUGCAGAUAUUCGUGAUCCACAGAGGAUAAAUCAUACUGACUGCUACCAAUAGUGGAUCCCGUGACAGUUUUCUCCAGCGCCACCAUGAGGCUGACAUUUUUUUUUGUGAAAUAUCGUGAUGACUUUUGGAUGGAUUUUCAUUGCAUUUGAAUGAACUGUAAUAACUUUGGUAAUCGCUGAACAUUUCCUCUAGCGCAAUACUAUAAUGUAUCCAAUACUUUGGUAAAUGACCAAAUACAUGUAAACCUCAUGAGAUUCUCCAUCAGCCUCAGCUGUAUAGCAUACUUUGUGUUAACUAUGUUAGCAUGCUGACCAUAGACGGUAUAAAAUAGAUGCUAACACGCUAAACAAAGAUGGUAAACAUUGGGCUAUACCUGCUUAACAUCAGCAUGUUAGCAUUGUCAUCGUAGGAAUGCUGACAUUCACAUUUAGCUUAAAGCACCCAUCUGUGAAAAUAAUCUGCUCCUGGAGAUCUUGUGCAAGGUUCUGAGAGAAAGCUGAAUAAUACUUUGGACUAAACAACCAAGUCACAUUUUCUUGUCCAAGACCAAUUCCUACAAGCUCUUUUAUGAGAUUGACUUCUUAUCCCUUCAUAUGAAUUCCCAGAAAUACUACAAAAGACACUUGGCUGCAGAGCAGUUUUUACAACUUAACUUAAACCAAUAGUGAAUUCCCAAUUUAUCCCACCUAAUUCUCAAUGGGGCUUCCCACACUUCCACGUGAAAGUUUAACUAAAUUAAAGUGCUGAGAAUGUC